AUUAGAUUGCUUGCUUCGAGCCACCGAGAUGACAGUGCUCUUGUCUGAGCUGCAUUAUCGCAUCUACAGCAGCAUAUGCAGUCAGGGGAACUACCGCAUUGCUCAGUUGACGCCGCGGAGGUAUCAAGUCAGCCUUGCGGGGCCGCCCACGGCGAGCCAGGGACAUGGGAUUGCACCUGGUAUCAGCGCCAUGAGCUAGUCGAAUCUAGCACGGCCAGCUCAUUUUGGGCAACAUGAGCAUGCAAUCUUGGGCCAAAGUCUGAGCUGAUGAAUCACUCGCUUCAACAAGCAGCUACCUCGAUCCGCCUUCUCACAGCCGCUGCGGCUCGCUAUGAUGGAUACCACUUCAGAAGCAGGGCCAAGCGUCUCGGGUGUGCCGCCUCCGCCGCCACUCCCUUAUGCGGCUACUCCGAAUGCUACUUCCGGCGGCGCUUCUACCGCGUCUUCUGCUAACCCUGGAACCGCAGACCAAGAAGAUCGGACGGCAGGCGCAGAGGCCGAUGCACCAGACCCAACCGCCAUGGACGUCGACCUGGCCGAGCCGCAGCAAGAGCCGCCGCCGGCGCAACCUACACAGACUACACAGGCUGCGCAACCACCAACGCCCAACUACUCCACCAUCAACGCGGACAUUUCGGUGGCCAAUGUUGACAUUACAACCUGGCAGUCGAUCUUUGAUGAGCAUGGCUCCAUCGACGCACGCCGCUUUCCCGGAGCAUCAGGCGAGACAAAGCGCCAUAUUCAUGAUGACGAAGACGUACAUCAGCAGGUUCAAGCCCUCUUGCGCACUCGUACUACGAACGGCAGUGAGAGCGACACGUUUUCUGUAAACGCGUCUGCGAGCCCUUUCUCGUCGACGUUGGCUGCCCCCGCCGUUGUGGCGGCGCGACCCCCGCUACACGAACGCGCGGUGAGCAUGUACUCGGAGCAUCGCUACCUCUCUGGCCUCCUUUCUCGUGAGCGCAGCGUGGCUGGAAGCACGCCGAGCCCGGAGCUGCAACAACGUGCGCAGCAGCUCGUGGCGGACGUGCAGGAUGCGCGCGCGGAGCUCAUCGCGCUGUGGAACGACAUCAAGGACCUCGUCAAGCGCAUCCUCGAAGUGAAGGAGGCGCAGAUUGAGUCGGAGCAGCGCGAACGCAAGCUGCAGGCCGAUGCGCGCAAGCAGAAGCAACUCGAAGUGGCCCAGGCGAGGAAGAUGGUGCUCCAGGCGGAGAUGCUCGAGCGCCUCGGCGAGAAGAUGCAGCGACUCCCGCCGGAGAUCCUCAUGCUUAUCUGGGUGCACUCAGAAAUUCCAAUGAAGUUCCAGCUCGUUUGUAAGCGUUGGUAUGGUCUGACGCAAGAUGCAUCGUGGAGGGCGGAGUACCUCGCCAACCGCUUCGCGCCAUACGAGGUCAUUUUUCAGGCGAUUGCGCGUCCGAAGAUCUUCACUGUUGAGCUUUUCGAACGCCUGAUCAAGAAGGGCAUGCCGCUACCGCGCUAUCUGGUGCAGGAAUUACUCGUCAAUAAGGUCGGCCAGCCAAAUUUCACACAUCCCCUCUCCAGCAUCGACACUACCAGCCCAGAUUUCUUUGGACCAGAGGUGCCGAACCAUUCCAUCAGCUGGCGUCCCGCGGCACGCUGGGGCGCAGGCAUAUCCACUCGCAGCCUUACGGCUGUGCUCAUCGAGGCCAGCAAGAGAUUUGGUAAUCAGCUCGAGCUGUACGGAAGAGAGUCCGACGGCGCUUUGCACGGUACCUGGUACAAACUCGCGCGCGCAGGGCAACGCGGCGAGGGCUUCUCCAUGAUCGGCAUCUCGUUGGCCGGCAACGCGACGGACCGGCGCAUGACCGAGGAGAUGGUCAAAUUGUACAAGGAGCACGAUUUCAUCCCUUACUUUACCGACCUCUGCGACGAACGUGCCUCGCAAGCAAGCGCCCUGAGCGAUAUCCUUGCAUGCGUCAUCUGCCAUGAGCCUUCUAUCGCAAAGUACGUCUCGCGCCAGGGCUGGCGACAGAAGGAGAGCACCAAGCUCGCUAUGUUCGCGUGGCUGCUCAAGAACAACCGUAGCAAGUUACUCAAGCUUCUUGAUCUCGGUCUCCCUGAGUGGAGCUUGCCCGUCACGUUUGCCGCACGCGAAUUCCUCGGCAUUAUGCCAGGGCGCUGGCAGCUCAGUCGCCGCGACGUUGCCAUCUCCUUCCCCGAAUCGCGUUUCAACGACUUCAAGCUUCAGCGCUUCUCGCGCGAGCAGGAGUGGGAGCUGCUGCUCGAACUCAACAAGGAGCACAGGCUUGCGUUCGACUUGACCGCCUUGGCGGAGAAGUUCUUCCGCUUCAGCGAUGCGUUUGGCUGCAACUGGACGCGUUAUGCCUUUGUCCGCAGACUCGUGCAGGACCUGCCGGACGCCAACGUCGGCAAAGGCACCACCCUCCUCGAAGCCGUCUUCUUUGGGCUCGAUAUGGGUCAGCUGGACCUGACGCAGGCGCACGAAUUGCUCAAAGACCGCAUGCAUGUCACAUCAGAGCACAUGGUCUAUGUCUUGUUGUGCAACUGGACGCGCAAGGCCUUUGCGCUUUCCUACGGGGAGCUGUACGUUGCCAAUUUCGACGAGGCAGGAGUGCUCGCCAAAGCCAUGCCGGACCUCAUGGAGCAGCCUUACAAAGGAAAACUGCUCGAUGCGCUCUUUGAGCGCGUUUCUACACCUGAGCGCAAGGAGGAGCUACGCACGAUCUUCCUCGAAGCGCUCAAGACCAAAGCCAUCCGCGACCUGUGGCGUAUUGACGAAGACCGCGCGCUCGGAAAGAUUGACAAGAACCCUGGCUCGGAUCUCUCAGAGAACACUCGCACCACUAUCGGCCAGAAAUGGCAGUUCCCCGAUCGCCGCCAAAGUUUCUCGAUCAAACAGUACAGGAUCGGAUUUGCGCCGACUGGCAUCCCAGGCUUCCUUCCUCUAGGGGACAUCACACCUGCUGACCGCUGCAAGUAUGUGCAGGACAGGGAGAAGAAAGCUGCCGUGCUCGGCAAAGGGAACUGUGCUAUCACAGCGUCUGUAGCAGCAGCAGCUGUGGAAUCGAUGUUCAAGGUUAAGGGCAAAGGCAAAGGCAAGGCAAAGGCAAAGGCUACACUCGACUCGAUUGACGCCUACGACCCCGAGGCCGAAGAUGUCUCUAUGUCCAUGAUGGAGGACGAGUCCAUGUCUACCGCAGCCGGUGAAGAUGAUGAUGCUCUUGAGCCGGUCCUCGAUGGCAUUGCUGCAAGUGUAUUCAGGAGGGAGAUCGACUACCACGCAAUGGUGACGCCGGGCGACAACGAUCCAGUCAACUUGCUGCUCAACUUCAACGAAAACGAGGAUCCGAUGCAAGUGUUCAAGACCAGAACGCUGGAUGGAAACGACAGCAGGGUUGAUCCUUUCGGUCGGUCCUACAGCGUCAUGGCCAGUGAGAUGGAAAUAAUCCUUUCCUGCAGGCGCCAGAACUUCUUUGGCAUCCGCUGGAGCGACGGUGGCGACUUUUGGUUUAAAGCAUGGGAUCACUUCCAGCAGGACCCUGCCUUUGUCUGCAUGAUCUUCAGUCACGCCCUCCUCAACGGCGACCAAGAUUGGGCCAAAAGAUGUUUGCGCGGCGGUGCCAAGCUCACCAUGGAUCACUUCCGUAUGAUCCUCCGCACAGGUCGACAGCCGCCCGCUUGGAUGAUCGCCAACCUGCUCGAAGAAGCACCCGACUUUGCUGAGUCGGACGAUUCGAUCAUCUUCAACACCAUCGACCCUUCAUCCCCGAUUCAGAUCGACGAACACCCGUGGUACGAGCCUGGCAUUGUCAAAGAAUAUCUCACUGAGAAAAGCAAACGCGCGGUUAAAACGGGCAUGGCGGCUGCGGGUGCCUCUGGAUCUGGGUCAGGGUCAGGGACUGCUGAAAGGGAACAUUGUGCUGCUGCGGCCGCGGAUGCAGUUGAAACUGUGCAAACAGAGCAGGGCCAGCACGCAACAAGCUCCGGAAAGGAUCUGGCCAUCCCGAUCAGUAUAAACACCAAUGUUGCAACAGGCUAUAGAGAUGAGGCUAAUACGGAUCAUGGUGGAGGCCCAGACAAUGGCAACGAACCCAAUUCGCUCCCCUGUUCGCCAACAUCUUCAGUAUCCUACGGUAUGGUUGAUCCGUGGAUGGUCAUGGGGGACAGCGAAUCAGAAGAUUAUGAACACUUGGCGGAUGACGACAUAGCGUUGCUCCUGAACGAGGUGGCCUACCAGAGGCGGAUGGCUUCCGAAAGCGAGCGCUGCGUGAGAGGAUCAAGGACGGCGACGACGACAUCCGCCGCCACAGACCCACAGUUCGCAACGCUGAUCGGAAACAGGAUCAAGACGCUCGAUGAAGCGGAAGCCGAUCGUCGUGCGCUAUCAACAUGGAAAUGGCAGCAUGCUUUCCAAAUUCUCUCCGAUGAAGUAUCAGCAGAGUACACGUUCAAGCGCGCUAUGGCCAAAGAGCAAAAGGACGAAGAUGGAAAGGUCCAGCGCACCCGCCACAGCGAUUUCAAGAAAUGGUGCCAGAAGUUCAACGAGCUUUACAAGUCCGAGCACAAUCUGUUCAGGAGAAAUAUCAUGACACAGAAACGGCUUAUCAUGGGGAAAGAGGCGACGGGAGAGGGCUUAUCUCACCUGGAAGAAGAUGCGUUCAGCCCAGCCGCCGCUCUGCUCGAACUGCCAGGCUUGCUCGCCGAAGCUCGCGAGAAAGACCAGUCCCGUUAUCGCGAGCCACAGACCAUCGUGGAAGCGUGCUACCGUAAUCGAGUUGCUUUCCAAAGCCGACACCCCCUGCAUCGUCAAGUGGUUGGUGGGAGAUAUUCCAGAAGGCGGCACUCCUCCCAUCAAGCCAAGAACGCAAUUGCGCGUGAAUUCAUCAACUCGUACACUGGCUUGCCCCAUUCCUCCAGCACCCUCGACAAGUACGACGAUCCAAAUGAUCGUGAUUAUACCCCUCCUGUCAGCAAACACGCCAAGGCGCAGAAACCGAAGCGCUUGAGGAAAAAGUCGACGAUGGACAUGCACCCAACGGAGCGUGGUGUUUCGCCCCCAUGCAGUGAUUGCGACUAUCCCAAUGAGGAAGGCGAAUACUAGAACGUUCACACGAAUGGUCAUUCGCAAUGUACGAUAUGAUGGCACAACAACAUUAAAGAGCUGACCAUCAAUACACAUGAGAGAUG